AUGCAGUUGCUAUCAAUUCUCGCAUUGUUCUCGACGGCAGUGGUGGGCUUGUCCCAUCCCGCGGCCUUGGUGAGAGCGCCAUCAAAGGUCUGCACGGUCCCAGCAGCUGGGUCGGAGUCCAUUGACGAUACUCCCGCGGUACUGAGGGCAUUCGAUGAAUGUGGACAUGGAGGCAAGAUCGUCUUCCAAAAUACGACCUACCAUAUCAACAGUGUCAUGAACACGACAGGGUUGGAGAACUGUGAGAUCGACCUGCGUGGAACCCUGUUGUGGAGCACGAACAUCUCGUACUGGCUGAGCCACUCCUUGCCGGUCGGAUACCAGAACCAAUCCACGGCAUGGGUUAUCGGAGGCAAGAAUGUCCACUUCAACGGCCAUGGGUAUGGUACUUUGAAUGGCAAUGGACAAGCCUGGUAUAGUGCUACUGGCUCGGUCUCCAACUAUCCUAGACGGCCACAUGCGAUGACCGUGGCGGAGACGAGCAACUCCAAGUUUUACGGGCUGCGCUUCCUCCAAAGCCAGAUGUGGACACUGUCUAUCAUUCAUUCGAAGAACACCGUCUUCGACUCCAUCUAUGUCAAUAGUACUAACCACGGCGGUUCGUCUCGCAAUACCGAUGGCGCCGACACGAUUUAUAGCUCACACAUCACAUUCCGCAAUUGGGAAGUCGACAACGGUGACGAUAGCAUCAGUCUCAAAGCCAACUCCACCGACAUUCUCAUCGAGGACUGUUUAUUCCACCGCGGGUUGGGCCUUGCCAUGGGCAGCAUUGGUCAGUACAAGGACGUGUAUGAGACUAUCGAGCGGGUUACUGCAAGGAACAUUACGUUCAGCGGAACGCUGCACGCGGUGUAUUUUAAAACCUGGACAGGAGAGCAGGUCAACUAUCCACCGAAUGGCGGUGGCGGCGGGUUGGGCCAUGCUUCCGACAUGACAUUCAAGGAUCUCCAGGCCACCGCGUUGAGAGGCCCAGCCUUUGCAAUCUCACAAUGCACUACGUUUUCGGGCACGGCGGGGAAUUGCACGUCGUCCAAGUUUCAGCUCCGUGACCUAUCAUUCCGCAAUAUCAACGGGACAACAACCAGUCAUAAUGUGGCUAGCUUCCAAUGUUCGGCGGUGGAACCUUGCGAGAAUAUCCAGAUCACUGAUGUCAACCUAACUCUCCAGUCCGAUGGUACGGAGGCCGAUGCGUACCUGUGCGGACAUGUCGAGGGAACACGCGGUUUCAACUGCACUGGGGCCGUAUGUGUCGGCGGAAGUGCGACGGGUGGCUGUUGA